CACCACACAAUUCCUUCAAGAGAAAAACAUUUGAUGUAUGCCAAGAUUUUGUUGAUGUUCAGUAAAUGAAGCGGUGUGAGUCAUGAAGAAAACAGUCAUGUCUUUCUGUGCAGUAUUCGAAAAACAUCAGUCUUCCCGGAUGUUCGCCAUCUGUGUUGAGCUCCAGAGAAAUCUUCCGACAGAGAACUCUCAGAGUCUCCUCCCACUGGCCCAGCCCAAUAUUCCUCCAACAAGAACAAACUGUCCGAGUGGAAGUUGGGCGUAUUUCGAACUCUCUUUUGGAAGGUGAGGUUGCAAAAGGAAGAUGGGGAAAGUCAACGUUUGGUUGAAACGAAGUUACGUCUGCACGAUAGGUGUGAUAGCAGUAACUGCUGUCUUCACCUUGGGAAUAGCUCUCUUUGGUCAUGGAAUUAUUCUGUACGAGGAGGAUGACCAUGCUUUGAUGGGGAUAUAUUGCUUCUAUGGGUUUUCCGUCAUCACUCUCCUCUUUGCCAUCAUUGGUUGGUUUGGUGUCUGGAAGGAGAAAAAGUGGGCUCUGAUAGUGUUUGCAGUUGGAAUGAUCCUGGGAUGUCUGUUCUUUAUCUUUCUUGAAAUAUCCCUUCCAUUUGCACAGAAAGAGAUGGAACUUUCACUGAAGAAUAACUACCUCAGCAUGUUGCCUCUCUCAAAUGUCAGUGAGAGCGAAUUAUUGGAAUUCAACCAUACACAGAGUGAGUUUCGCUGUUGUGGCAUCACAAGUCACGAGGACUGGGAAAACAACAUUCCCGAAUCGUGCCAGUGUGAUAUAGACUCCUCUGACGAUUGUAUAGAUACUUAUGGACCUAUGCACAAUGAUUCAGGACUGAAUGUUUUGGAUGUCAAGCCCAUCAGGAUUUUUGCCAAGCCAUGCAUUCAAGCCUUAAUUCAAUUUGAGAUGCGCUAUUUUUCCACAUUACUUGGCAUAAUGUUGGCAAAAACAUUGUUGUGGAUACUAUCAGUCGGGCUGUGUAUUGCGAUUCUGUGUCAGCUGAAUAAAAAGGUGGAAACUCCAAAAGUGGUCUACAGUCGAGAGGCCAAAGCAGGGAAUUAUGAAAUCCUCAGCGAUGCUCAGGAACCGUCUUUGAAAACCGAAUGAUUUUGUUUUUCUUUUGCGAUUCCCAAAUAUUGGGACAAAAAUGUCAGCAUCAAGCGAUGCUAUUUUAUAAUCAAACGUGUUAUAAAUAUUACGCAUAUACACCCUGUGGGGAGACUUCUGGAAACCGUCUUUGCGUUUAGAGUGGCUUAGGCUGUACUUUUUAAUUUUUAUUUUUUUGUUGAUGUUGUCUUUAACUUACAGGUGACUCUCAUUAAAAGUGAAUAUCAUGAAAAAGUA